AUGAAACGGGUUAAAACGUUUCCUUUGUGUUCUAACCACAAUGACUCUCAUUGGCUGUUGAGAUAAAAUCUGUCCAAAAAUAAAUUGUGUUCCUCAUUCUGUCUCUCCACAGACUCAGCAGAGGACGGUCCGUGGUCAGUUAACGCCGAAAGAUGAAUGUUUAUGAGGACGCGCCGUCGGGGAGCAGGAUGGAGAUGUCUGAGUGCGUGAAGACGGAGGACGUGUACCAGACUCUCCACCAGCCUCCUCCAGUGAAGAACCCAAACCCAGCACACGAGCCAGUGAGAAGCUGCAGGAUAAAGACUGUGCUGAUGAUCUUCAACACUCUGCUAUUGAUCGUCAUCCUGAUAUUGAACGGACUCUCCACUGCAAAUCAAUUACAAAGUGCUGAAGUGAACAAGCCAGAACCACAAAGUGCUGACGUAAAGGAAAUGAAAGCCUCUGGUGAGGACAGUGAGAGAGAGGAGCUGUGGCGUCUCCACGACGAUGUGUUUUAUCUGUUCUGGGAGGCUGAGGGGAACUGCAGCGAGGCCCUGAAGUUCUGUAAAGAUAGAAACUCAGAAAUUGCCACCACUUCAGGCUGGGAUAGAUUUGAUCACUGGAUGUUUCUGGAUGAAUCUUUUCACCACCCUGCAAAUCCUGAUCACGAGCUCUGGAUUCUGUCUCAGGCAAACGGGAGGAAGCUGUGGGUGAAUAUGGAUAGUGAUACGACUGGACCCUUGAAUGAGACCUUCCGUCAUUGUCCACCAGAUGAAGAAACCCCAGGAAACGCAGAGGGAAUGCAGGGCUGGGUGUGUGAAAUCAGACCACGACAUUUAAGUCAUAGACAUUAUCGACAUUUUCUAAGUCGUAGACGUUAUCUUGAGGAUUAUGAAGAUUAUUUUGGAGAUAUUGUACCAGAUUAUGACACAGCAGCACCUGAGCAUGAGAUCCCUGCACUGUCUGUUCUCUCUGUGAAGAUCUACAUUAUUACACUCUGUUCUGGCUUUACUGUACUUCUGAACCUUCUCUGAGUUUGUGCAGAUCUGACCAUGUUCAGGACUGUGAAAACCUCCAAUGUUCAGUCUUCAGCUGGUCAUUUUCUAAAGUAAAUCAAACACAUUCAGGGAUGCUGAAGUCUGGACUGUGGGGUGGUCAGUCCAUUGGUUUAAGAACGCCAGUAUAGAAGCUCUAAUAAAAAGUUUGUUACUUUCCUGAUGCAAAACAAAUGAACUUGUACUUAAUGACUCUUGGAAAUUAAUGACAGGGGUCUCUGAGAUUCACAGUUCUGUGUUACCGUAAUCUGAAUGUCAAUGUAAAUAACCUGUUUCCAAAGCUGCUUCCAGAAGAUCUGCUUUUGUAGAGGUUGUCACAAAACUUUUGAUUAGAAUUUGAUCUUCAUUCCUGUGGAAGCUGAUUUUUCCUCCACAUCGCUUGAUUUUGUACCAAUGAGCUUUUAGCUGAAUAAAUCUGACUUUGUGUGAUC